ACAGUAAAACCUGUUCCUGCAGUCGUUCUGGUCUUCAAAAAAACAUUUUUCAAACAUGACCUCUCCGCUGCUGCUCCGGGCCUUCGUGAACGAGCGGCUGACGGCUGCUGCCGAGGAGAUAUUUCACGUUUUCGAGCGGACGAUGGUGAAAUAUGAAGAAGAGGCGUCGAGCUGCAAGCAGGAGAUCGAGAGACUGAGAGGUCUGCUGCUGGAGAGCCAACAGAGAACAGAUGUUUCUCGGUCGCCUGUCUGGAAAGAGGAAAUCCCGUCCGAGCAGCAGCACUGUGAGGUGGAGUUGAGCCUCAGCGUCCAGCAGGAGGACGCCAAGCCUCGACACAUUAAAGAGGAGUCUCCUGAGCACUGGGCCGCUGAGCAGCAAGCAGCAGAAGAAGAAGAAGAACAGAUGAAGCAGUUCAGGACUGUUAAUGUCUUAUACGCUGCUCAUUCACCCAUCUGCGAGCAGGACGACACAAAUCAGUCAUUGCCAAACUGUGAAAAUGAGGAUGAGUUUGAGGAAAGUGAGAAUUCACAGGUCUUUUUACCUCUUCACUCAACUCCGUCACCGCAAACAGUAGGCCAAAGCCAAAGCUCUGAAGAUAGAAGAGAAAGCGACAGGCCCGCUGAACAAGUUCAGCCUUCUUUUCAAACUUCCACCGAGUUGCCUCACGCAAACUUGUGUAACUAUCAGUGCUUUUUGUGCAAUAAAUGCUUCUCCUCCAGCCCAAACCUCAUCAACCACGCCAUCCGCCUGCACUCCAGCGACAGCAGCCUCCUCUGCGCUGUGUGUGGAAAGACACUGGAGUCCACCGAAAGCCUUAAUUUCCACCUUCAGACCCACAAGGGCUCCAGGUGUUGUCACGUGUGCGGCAGACACUGCAAAAGCACCACAGCCCUGACCGAACACAUGGCCAGCCACGCAGGGGUGAAGCUGCACCGCUGUCCCGUGUGCGGAAACGAGUUCAACCGCAAAUCGGAUUUGAAGGUGCACAUGAGGAUCCACACCGGGGAGAAGCCGUUCUGCUGCUCGUACUGCUGCAAAAGCUUCUCCACCAGCGGACAUAUGAAGAGGCACAUGAGGAGCCACACGGGAGAGCGACCGCACCGCUGUGAGGUCUGCGGCAGAGGAUUCCUACAAGGAGCACACCUCAAGUACCACUUAACCACCCAUGCACUAAAAUGACUCCUCCACCCACUCGGAGCUCUAAUUGUUUAUAAUUUAGAAAGAAAAAACUGUUUAAAGAGACCAUCUGACCUUAAAAUGUUUAUUUAAAAAAAAAAAUCUGCAAACUUUUGUUGAUUAAAAAUAGAAGUUUCAUCUUUCCUUUUCUUCUUUUUUUUAUACGUAAGUGAUGGGAAAACGAGAGUCACACUGUAACACAGGUAUUUACACCUACAGACCUGAUAAUCCAAAGCCAAUUUUGUUUAAACCGUGGUGAGAAAGUCCGUGUACGCAGAGGGACAACAUGCAAACUCCACACAGAAAGGGGGAAGACCACUGCACAGUGAUGUGACUGGUCAUGGGUUAGUGUAUUUUCUGUCAAAUGAAUCAAUUUAAUUUUCUCAGAUUCUUGAUGACUCUGGUAUGAUCUGUACACUCUCAGGGAGUCGUUCAAUUGGUGUUGAUAUAUCAAUAUUCCAUUUUCUCUGAACUGAUGUCUUAUGUUGAUGAGGACAAACUCUGGCCUCUGUAUUAUGUUGAGAGGGAAAACUGCAUGAAGUACAUUCAAGUAAAAUGCUCUCAUUUUGGAACAGUAAACAGGACUCAAAUUACCUUUUUUGCCCAUUUUUUUUUUGUCUGUUGACCAUAUAUGGGAUAAUCUCUUCUGCACAAUUGAUGAGAGCUACUGAGCCCAUACAAUGGACCAAACAUAAAUAAACCUUCAAGUGGAAUUAAAUCACAGUUGUCACUUCUGCGCUCAGCCCUGACCCACGUGGAACAACCAAACACAUUUUUCCUCCAUGCUUUUCAUAGACUUCAGCUCUGCCUUCAUCUCAAUAAUCCCCCACAAACCGGUUGAAAACCUCCAGGUUGUUGGAGUUACUGCCCCACUCUGCACCUGGAUUAUGGACUUUCUUACCAGCAGGCUGCAGACUGCAAGACACGCAUCAAAAACCAUCAUCCUGACCGCUGGUGUGCCCCACCCCAUUCACCCUCUUCACUCAGGACUACACCAGCAUACACCCCUCUAACACUACAGUGAAGUUUCCCGACGAUACCACUGCAGACGGACUCAUCAACGAUAAGAAGAGGCUUGGACAAAAACCUGUUUCUGAACACAAACCAAAGCCAAGGAGAUCAUUGUGGACUUCAGGAGGACUUAUACUGUUUUGCCAUGAUUUGUUGCUGAUUGAUUGCAUCCAAUGAAGUCGUCUUUUUUUUCAGCAAUGACAAGUCUUUCAACACAACAAAAAAAAGCAUUAAAUUGAG